UGCGGGGUCGUCAUGCCGCACUACCAGACCUGGGAGGAGUUCACGCGCGCCGCUGAGAAGCUCUACCUCGCCGACCCCAUGAAGGUGCGUGUGGUUCUUAAAUAUCGCCACUGUGAUGGAAACCUUUGUAUCAAAGUAACAGAUGAUGUUGUUUGUCUGCUAUAUAGAACAGACCAGGCUCAAGAUGUAAAGAAGAUAGAGAAAUUCCACAGUCAGCUGAUGCGACUUAUGGUAGCUAAGGAAUCCCGCAGUGCUGCUAUGGAAACGGACUGAAUUGCUUUGAAUGCUCUGGUCAUAUUUCACAGGAAGAAAAUAUCACUUGGAUUUGAGCACACAUUGGGACAGGAGGUGCUUUGUGAUGAAGUGAACUGCUGAAAAGUGAAGCAUUUCCUCCUCUUCCCCCCCCCCCCCCCCAAUUCCACUUCAGAUAACUAGGAAAAUAAAUGCUUUCAAUUGAAAGCCUUUAUUUAUUGGAAAGUGAGCAAGAAAACAUCUUCCAUGGAAAAAUAUUCUUACAGGUUAAGUAUGUUAAACAAUACUUGUGCAUUUUGUUUUAUAAAUCUACAGUGCUCUAAUUGAAGUCGAGACAAAGCCCCUUUAGAAAAUCAAAGUAUAGCUUUUAUGUAGUUCUUGUUUAGGUUUCUUUUUGUGUUCAUAUUCCAUGGUGAUGUAUUCUCACAGUGAGAAGACUGAUAAUCUGACCAACUAAUACUGUAACAUGGGAACUGGUCUAAUGAACCAUGACAACUAAUAUGUUGUAUUUCUGAAAUAAGGCUUUUUUUAAACAAAGAUAUUAAUAUUGCCAAAUGUAUAUUGAAACUAGCUAGCAAAUUAUUCUAUGUAAGGUUUCUAGAAUUUAAUGCUAUGUCUUGGUCAAGUUGUACACUUCAGCUUGCACAUAACUAUAGAUCACCACUUAAACAAAUACAGAUAUGAAUUUGAAAGAUCAACACAAUGAAGUCCGCUCAGUAGCAUGUGUAAGUUGGAAGCUUCCAAUUAAGUUGUUAGCGGGCAAGAGCAUGCAUAAACUAGCACUGAGUAUGCAACUGAUCUUCCUUUUUGUCUCCAGAGUUGAAGCUGUCUAGCAGGUAGGGUAUGGAAGCUACUGUCCAUGACUGUAUGGUUCUGUGGAUAAAUUACAUCAGUAUCCAGGGUUCUGUUUAGCAACUCACUAAUGCUAGUAACUUAAAUGAUUGUGAAGCUUGUAAAAACUGAUCUUUCUGGAUGUGAGUAGGUUUGGUGAACACUUCCUUAAACAUUGGUGCACGAAAUAGGUGGAUGAUACUUGCAUGGCUUAGACACACUGGCUAUUGCUACCUUUCAUGGUAGAAGGAUAUAUUCACCCCUUUCAACAGCUUCCUGUUUGAACACCAAACAGUCACUGUCAGGAUGCUAGCAUUGGAUGGAUACUGUUAUGAAUUGAACUUCAUUUUUAAAAUGCUGAGCUGACCUCUGUGUAUACUGCCCUUGUAAAAGUUUUUUUCCUGUGCUAUUUUGGCUUGACCUAAACCUGUAAAAGCAAAGGAAGGGCCAUACAGUGCUUUGAUUUUUUUUAUAACAUUGAGUGUUGUUAUUGUAAAUAUUGUACUUGAAUACCAGUUACCUGCUGUAGCUCAUACAAAAAAUGAGGUUUUUAACAUUACUAGUAACAUCAGUACUUGGAUGGAAUAGAAUUCAGAUGUUUGCCAAAGGCUAGAAAAAUAAUCGACUCUUGGAUAUUGCAUAAAAUGUUAUUAUUUCAGAUGGAAGAUAUUUUUGCAUGGUGAAUUGCUAGUUGCUAUCUUAAGUGCUGGCUUGUGAGCUUUGAGGUCAGCAAAAUAAAAUACUCUGAUCAAGAUAA